CUCACUACAGCACCGAGCAGGCUGCCUGUCUGCCGGACCAGCCACGCCAUCCAUUUAUCCUCCUGACGGGGCUUCACGGAUGUCUGGGCUCGCUCUGCGGGGUUCGGGUUGUGCCGGAGCGGACAGUUCGCGCACCGAGGCGUCUGUGGGGGACGGGAGCGCGUCCGUGCAGUUUUGACGUUUGCAGGAGUGUCUCUGCGUCAGGAGGCUGCACAGAGGAGAAAGCCGAAGCAGCAGGAUCUCGUACAGAAGAGUGCACUCAGGGGCGCUCUGAAAAAAAGAAGCCAAAUUCUGCAGUGCAGAGGAUUUCCUCAGGUGUGUGUGUAUGAUUGUGUGUGUGCGUGAGUGUGUAUCUGCCUCAGUGUAGGCUCUGUCCACUUUCUCAUUAACAUCAGAGGAGCCCGCAGAAGCUUUAGGGCAUCAUCUAGAGGUCGUCCCGUCCUCCAGAAACUGUGCCACCCUUCAGUUUCCAGACCACCCGAACCCCCCGCCCCUUCACCACCACCACCACCACUCCCUCCUCUUCUUUUUCUUUUACCAUCACGCGCGCUGCGUGGUGUCUGAUCUACCUGUCUAUCCACUAGGAGACUGCAGGCCUCGGACUGAGGUCACGCUGUGGAUUUUUAAAGAACGUUUAACGACGUUAAGGACAUUUAACUAAAUCUGCAGGACUAAGGAGCAAAGACCAGCCAGCUGUUCACACCAGUUUCACUUCCCGCACUCGAGGGGAUAAAUAUUUUUGGAUAAAGAAGUUUUGACCUGCUCUUUGAGGGCUUGUGGGACAAAUAAAAGUGUUCAGUUCCACCUCAGGGAUCAGAUUUUUAUCAUUUCCACUGUGUCAUCCCAGUCAGCACGACACAGCAAAUCUCAGGCGGCGUCACAGGUUUCCCAGGUUUGAGUCGAGCUCCGGUUUCACCUCAGGGUUUUUUAAAUAACACAGUUUCCAUCUGGUAUCUGCAAGGCAUUGCACUGAACUUUUAACACAGCAGCUCUCAGGCAAUAUCAGCAUAGUUAGCUUUGCACCGUUUCCUAUGAACUUCCUAUGGCGUCUGACAGCUUCCAGUACCGGGCGCUCUUUGAAUACAAGAGGGAGCGCGGUGAUGACAUCAGCCUCCAGCCGGGCGACCUGCUCACCGUCCCGAAGGCCUCGCUGAUAGCAGCGGCGGCGGCGGCGGGCCAGGAGUACCAGGAGGGGGACGAGCGGAGCCCCAAAGGCUGGCUGCACGGCAUCAACGAGAGGACCAAGGAGAAGGGAGACUUCCCGGGGACUUUUGUGGAGUACGUCGGGGUGGUGAAAGUCGGCCCUGUCGUGACUAAAUCCUGGCCCCGGCCUGUACCGCCGACCCCUGGGGGAUCACAGAGCGUGAUGGGGCCUGCUGGAGCAGCUGCUGAUCCAGGUGUGGAGGCGGAGCUUCUGUGUGAAUCGGCUCCUCUCGUCGUCCGGAGACUCGUCGACGCCAUCGAGAAACAAGGUUUGAAUGGGGAGUCUCUGUAUCGAGGCCCUCCAGCCUCCGGUGGACCAGCCGAACUGAGGCAGGCGCUGGACUCAGAUCCGGUCUCGGUGGAUUUGGAUCACUACGACGUGGUUUCCCUGACCGAUGCUCUCAGAGGUUUCCUGCAGGAUCUUCCCGCCCCCAUCAUCCCUGCCACCGUCUACAGCGAGCUGGUCUACACUGCUCAAGAGAGUCAGAGUGUGGAGGAGUGCGGCGAGAGGAUGAAGAGGAUCUUGGAGUCUCCCAGCGUCCCUCAGGCCAACCACCAGCUCCUGGUCCACCUCAGCAGACACCUGGACCGGGUCAGCCAGCACACCCAGGCCAGCCCCCGGCUCCUGGGACAGGCCUUCGCCGACGUGAUCUUCAAGCAGUCUCUUGUCAGUGCGGACGUAAACCCAGAGCAUCACAUCAGGAUCUUGGAGGCUCUCAUUGCAACUGGAGGUCUUAUGGAGAUGCAAGCUGCUCCAGCUCUUCCCCCGAAGCCGGCGAAGCCCCAGCAGCCGUCUUCAGUCGGGGUGGGAGGGGGCAGCAGCAGCGGCAGCAGCAACGGCACCAAGGACGGAGGAGCAGGAGGCUCCCUGCAGGAGGCCGAGUGGUACUGGGGAGACAUAUCCAGGGAGGAGGUGAAUGAUAAGCUCAGAGACAUGCCCGACGGGACCUUCCUGGUUCGGGACGCGUCCACCAAGAUGCAGGGCGACUACACGCUCACGCUGAGGAAAGGGGGAAACAACAAGCUGAUAAAGAUCUACCACAGAGACGGGAAGUACGGCUUCUCCGACCCGCUGACGUUCAGCUCGGUGGUGGAGCUCAUCAGCCACUACAGACACGAGUCUCUGGCUCAGUACAACACCAAGCUGGACGUCAAGCUCAUGUACCCCAUCUCCCGCUUCCAGCAGGACCAGCUGGUGAAGGAGGACAACAUUGAUGAUGUGGGAAAGAAGCUGCAGGAAUACCACAAUCAGUACCAGGAGAAGAGCAAAGAGUACGACCGACUGUACGAGGAAUACACCAAGACAUCACAGGAGAUCCAGAUGAAGCGGACGGCCAUCGAAGCCUUCAACGAGACCAUCAAGAUCUUCGAGGAGCAGUGCCACACGCAGGAGCGCUACAGCAAGGACUACAUCGAGCGCUUCCGCCGCGAGGGCAACGACAAGGAGAUCGAGCGCAUCAUGAUGAACUACGAGAAGCUCAAGUCUCGGCUCGGGGAGAUCCACGACAGCAAGGUGCGGCUGGAGCAGGACCUGAAGACGCAAGCCAUGGACAACCGCGAGACGGACAAAAAGAUGAACAGCCUGAAGCCCGACCUCAUACAGCUCCGCAAGAUCAGGGACCAGCACCUAGUCUGGCUCAAUCACAAAGGAGUUCGCCAGAAACGAAUCAACGACUGGCUGGGAAUCAAUAACGACAACGUCGACGAAGGCUACUUUGUGAACGAAGAAGACGAGAACUUGCCUCACUACGACGAGAAGAGCUGGUUCGUGGGGAACCUGAACCGGACGCAGGCGGAGGAGCUGCUGCUUGGGAAACCGGACGGAGCGUUUCUCAUCCGAGAGAGCAGCAAGAAAGGCUGCUACGCCUGCUCCGUCGUCGUUGAGAACGAGGUGAAGCACUGCGUCAUCUACAGCACCCCCCGCGGCUUCGGCUUCGCGGAGCCCUACAACCUGUACAGCAGCCUGAAGGACCUGGUGCUCCACUACCACCAGACGUCCCUGGUCCAGCACAACGACUCGCUCAACGUCCGCCUCGCCUACCCCGUCUACGCACAGAUGCCCUCCGGACGCAGAUGAACCCCCCCCCUCCACCUCACACACCACACAGACAACAAACCAACCCCCCUUUUGGGGCCGAAGGAGGAGCAGGAGGAGGAGGAGGAGGGUGGGAAUCGGUUGCAAUUCAAAACAAACCAGACCGGAUAAAGAUGGAUAGAUAGAGUUUAACACUUGCUGCAACACACACGUCAGCCACCUUGGAGUUAUAUAUUUUUACAAGAACAAUUUUCGGAGGGCAUUCUUUCUAAAGACUGCUUGAUUUGCACAAGGAAGUUUUAAAUGUUUGUGAAUGUGAAAAAAAAAAAAAAAAAAAGUGACCGGAAGGAAGGAAGGAAGGAAGGAAAGAAGGAAACGGGAGACUUCAGAGUUUCAGGUUGACCCGGCUGCUACCUAAACUCCAGCUCAGACUUUCUCUUUUUUUUUUUUGUUUGUUUGUUUGUUUGUUUUAAACUCAAAAAAACCACAAGAACCAACGAGAAAACAUUCCCAUGCUUAAAAAAAAAAAAAAAAACGAAAGCCCGGCUUUUCUUUUCCUUGUUUCUCACCUCGGAGUCGUUGUCAUGUCUCAGAUGUUUCCUCUUUUAUUUUAUUUUUUUUUGGGUUUGUGGUAAAAACGAGAAGAGAUGUCAAGCGUCCGCUCUCCGCACGAUAAUAAUGUAGCAUAACGAGACGACGGACACUUAAAGUUCCUCCAUGUAGACUGCUGCUGAGGGGUUUCUGGGAUGGGGAGGGACGGGGACGGGGGGGGACGGGAAUUUAAGAAGGACAAAAGGCUUUUACACCAACUGUAGACUCUAUUUUUAUUUUUUUUGCUUUGCUGGAACAUAGUUUUUUGGGGGUUUAUUGUUUUGUGUAAAUGGCAACGUCACAGAUCACAACCAGAGACCAAAGUUGGUGUGGAGUGGGAGGGGGGGAGGUAAAGGUGGGGGGGGGGGGGUGUUUUUAUUCAAGUUCUUCUUGCGAGUGAAGGAACGAAUGAGUGUGUUUGAGAGAGACCACACAUAAAACUGAGUUUUAGCACCAAAUAGGGAGGGAGGGGGGCAAAAAAAAAACGAAGCCGCCGGCAACUUCUGUUAAUACAGAGUAAGAAGCACUUAACAUGAGCUGCGUUUGUGACGUCAUCCGUUAGCUUAGCCUGCGGCUAAAUGAAAUUUAAAAACACUAAAAAAGAGGAAAAACAAUCAUUAAUCUGGAUUCAGUUCCUACCUGGUUUCCAGCUUUUAUUCCAGGUGAAGCAACAAAAAAAAAAGAAAGAGGCCGAGGUCACAAACGGUCAGUUCAUCCAAAUCAUCGUCUGGAAG